AUGGAGCACACUCAGGAGUCGGAACGCCUGCGGACGCAUCUCCGAGAGGUGGAGACCCAUCUAGCGCAGCAGCUGUCCUUUGGCGAGCUUGAGCUGGCGCUCUUGGACCUCCGUGCCCUGGAGCGGCGCCUGGCUGCCGUCGCCAUGGGCGUGGAGGUGCUGGAGGCGCUGGAUAGCGCCAUGGCCAGUGAAGAGGUGAGCGAGGUGAACCUCGACAUUGAGGAUGGAGAUGCGCCUGAGAUUCUCGCCUGCGCAGGCGACUACUUGGCGCUCUUCCGCCAUUUCGCCCUGGCCGAGCCGCUGCUGCGCGCGGGCGGCGACGCCUUCGGCGUGGCGCGGUGCCUGGCGGAGGAAGCCGCCGGCGCCGGCGAGGAGCGCCAGGCCUUGGAGCUCGAGGCCUUUGACAUGGCGCUCCACGCGGAGCUCAAGGCGCCCGGCGAUGCCUUUGCUGAGCGUGAGAACUGCAAGGUGCUGCACCUCAUCGAGAACCUCGCGGCAUCUUCGCCACUCAGCACGCUGGAGGCCCUCUUGGAGAAGCGCGGCGAGACGCCGAUGGGCUUUCUCGAGCGCCUACUGCCCUGGCUGCACACGGCGGCCGCCAGCGCCAUAGAGUCCUUGGCCAGGCGACUUCUGGCGCCGGCGCCUUGGCUUCCCGCGGUGGAAAUUCCUGGCGCGGCACUGCCCUCAGGCGUCCGCACGCUGCUGGUGCGGAGCCAGGCCUUCUGUCACGCGCGCCUGGAGGCGCUGGUGGGUGCCUGGCGCAGCACUUCUGCGCGGCAGCUAGAGGCCGACCAGCCGACAGCGGCAGCGCUGGCCAGUGCUGCUGCGAUUGCCUGCCACUGCCUCUUCGUCGGCUACUGUAUUCCUACAGGCGAAGGAAUUCAGGGAGAUCUUAGCCAGCCCGAAGCGUCGCCCGGCGAAGAUGUGGGGAAGGCGCCAGAGGACAUGGCUUCCUGGCUUCUGCAGGCCAUGUACCAGGCGCCUUCGUGUGACCCUCCGCAGUCGCCGGCGCAGGCAAUUUGGGAAGUGUCAGAGCUCAUCCGCAGGUCGCGGCAGGAGCCCAUAGAGGAGGCAUCCAUCGCGGAGACAUUGGAGCGUCUUCCCGGGUCAGCUGCGACGCCCUGCGAAGCCUUCUACGACGCCACUAUGUAUCCGCCCUGGCAUUCCGUGGAGUGUGCGGGCGUGCUGCCCGCGCCCUUGCACGAGCACCUGCGGCGCCUGUGCCCGAGCUGGUGCGGUGAGGAGGUGACCUCCCCCCGGAUUUUGGUGGCCGGCUGCGGCUCCGGCCACCAGGUGGCAGUGGAGCUGAGGAGCUAUGAAGUCUGCGAGCUGGUGGCGCUCGACGUCUCGCCCAAGACCGUCGCCGUGGCUUGCCGCAAGCUGAAGCAGCAUUUGGCGCCGGAGGAGUAUGCGCGCAUCCGCUUCCUGGUGGGGGACAUUAUGGACCUCACACCAGGUCGCUAA